CAGAAGUAAUCUGUGGAAGACCGUUUUUUUUUGUAUAGGUUAUAAUUUACUCCCGGAAGCUAUAGUGUGGUCACAGAACAUUUCCUUUGUCAUUGGCACUUUGACUGUGGAGACUUUGCUGGCACAUCCAGUGUGGGUGUACUGGUCAAUGCGUAACAAGAAGUUAUUCCUUCCCAUAAACACCAUCUAGGAUGGCUAAUAAUGUCCACAUGAGUGGGCUGCUGAGCCGUCAUGAUGAUGAAGCCACCAGGACCUCCACCUCAGAGGGCCUGGAGGAGGGUGAGGUGGAAGGGGAGACUCUCCUGAUUGUUGAGUCUGAGGACCAGGCCUCAGUGGAUUUAUCACACGACCAGAGCGGGGAUUCUCUGAACAGCGAUGAAGGUGACACGUCCUGGAUGGAGGAGAUGUCCUAUUACUGUGAGAAGUGCCAGAAGUGGAUACCAGCAAGUCAACUGAGAGAACAGCUCAGCUACCUCAAAGGAGAUAACUUUUUCAGAUUCACUUGCUCCGAUUGCUCAGAAGAUGGGAAGGAGCAAUUUGAAAGGCUGAGGUUAACGUGGCAACAAGUUGUCAUGCUGGCGAUGUACAAUCUGUCACUGGAAGGCACGGGCCGUCAGGGAUACUUCAGAUGGAAAGAAGAUAUUUGUGCUUUUAUUGAGAAACACUGGACUUUCUUACUUGGGAACAGGAAAAAGACCUCAACAUGGUGGAGCACAGUCGCUGGCUGUCUCUCUGUUGGGAGCCCCUUGUUUUUCCGCUCAGGGGCGCAGGAAUUUGGAGAACCUGGAUGGUGGAAACUGGUUCAUAAUAAACCCCCGACAAUGAAACCUGAAGGAGAGAAGCUGUCUGCAUCUGCGCUGAAGGCAAAAGCAGCUUCCAAGCCGCCUCUGGAUCCCAUCAUUACGGUGGAAGGACUCAGGAAGCGGGUAAGCCGCAAUCCAGUCGAGUCAGCCAUGGAGCUGAAGGAGAAGAGAUCUCGUACUCAAGAAGCCAAGGAAAUUCGGAGAGCCCAGAAGGAGGCAGCCGGCUUUUUGGACCGGAGCACUUCUUCCACUCCAGUUAAAUUCUCCAGUCGAGGCCGUCGUCCCGAUAUCGUCCUGGAGAAAGGAGAAGUGAUUGACUUCUCCUCCUUGAGCUCCUCAGAUCGCACUCCUCUGACAAGCCCUUCUCCUUCCCCAUCUCUGGACUUCUCCGCUCCUGGCACCCCGGCCUCGCAUUCAGCGACUCCCAGCCUUCUCUCAGAAGCAGAUCUGAUCCCAGAUGUCAUGCCACCACAGGCUCUGUUUCACGAUGAUGAGGAGAUGGAAGGAGAUGGAGUCAUAGACCCGGGAAUAGAGUACGUGCCCCCUCCCAAUGGGACAGGCAGUGCUGGCACUGUGAUAGCAAGUAGGAAAAAAGUGAAGACAGUUGAACAAAUCAAGCAAGAGGUGGAGAGUGAGGAAGAGAAAACAGAGAGGAUGGAAGGUGACAGUGAAGAUCCUGAAGAGUCAAACUCAUCGCUGCAGGUGAGGGGACGAGACAAGAGGAAGCCGCAGCUGGAGAAGGAUGCUAAACCCAGAGCUCCCAAGCACACCUCUGUUAGCAUCUAUGAGGAAAAGCUGCUGCUGAAGAGACUGGAAGCCUGUCCCAAUGCCAUGAGCAUGACCCCGGAGGCCCGGAGACUGAGGCGCAAGCUGUUAGUCAGGCAGGCCAAGAGGGAAAGAGGGCUGCCACUCUUUGACUUGGACCAGGUUGUGAACGCUGCGUUGCUCUUGGUUGAUGGGAUUUAUGGAGCCAAAGAAGGAGGUGUUUCCAGGUCCCCACUAGGGCAAGCAACAUACAGAACUACUAGCCAGGACUUCAGGAUCUUGGACAGAUACCAGACAAUGCUGCCUGCCAUGAAGGGCUAUCGACAGCAGACCACAAAGUUCCUGUAUCGACUGGUAGGCUCAGAGGACCUGCUGACAGACCACAGCAUCGUCAGUCCUUACACAUCCCGUGUGCUGAAACCUUACAUCAGGCGUGAUUAUGAGACAAAGCCCCCAAAACUCCAGCUGCUGGCAGAAAUCCGGGCGUAUCCGCACAGGAAUGAUCUCAACUGGAAGGCUGAGCCAGAAGCACCCGUCGAUUACUGCUACGUUCGCCCUAAUCACAUCCCCACUAUAAACUCCAUGUGCCAUGAAUUCUUCUGGCCUGGAAUCGAUUUGUCAGAAUGCCUGCAGUACCCAGACUUCAGUGUUGUCGUCCUUUACAAGAAAGUGAUCAUUGCCUUUGGCUUUAUGGUGCCAGAUGUGAAAUACAAUGAAGCUUACAUCUCUUUUCUGUUUGUUCACCCUGAGUGGAGAAGGGCUGGGAUUGCAACCUUCAUGAUUUACCACCUUAUUCAGACCUGCAUGGGCAAAGACGUAACCCUUCACGUCUCUGCAAGCAACCCUGCUAUGCUGCUCUACCAGAAGUUUGGAUUUAAGACUGAAGAGUACAUUUUGGAUUUUUAUGACAAAUACUACCCCUUGGACAGCAAGGAGUGCAAGCACGCCUUCUUUCUCAGGCUGCGGCGCUGAUCCGUGUCGGGGGGCUGCGGAAAGCCCAGUCUGUCAAGCAAAGAACUGCCACGGCUUUCAGUGGAGGAUGUUGGCUGCCAUGUGAGAGCUGGAGCACACCGACGCCUUUAUCCCUAGGACGUUGAAUGUCAACCGUGUUGUGUGAUAAAACUGCAAAAAGAGGAUUUGUUCCUAUUGCUCCGAGGGGACAGGCCUGGAAAUGCCAACCGGGACCUGCUGAAACCACUGGAAGACUGAAAUUCUUUAUGGGGAGUUUUUGUGCCGCUCUUAUUUUGGAAAGCCUCGUUGUCAAACAGAAAACCCCAAACAAAAAACGGUUGUCACUUCAGAGGGUGUCAAAUUUUGAAACCUGCCCAAAAAUAGCCACAGGUUUUUGGGGUUUGUUUAUGGGAAAUGAACGUCUGAACUUAACUCAUCCGGUGUUUCUGUGAUUUGAUUGCUUUGUUAGGAACCGUGUCUUGAAUCCGUGAAGGGAAGCAAGUUCCUGGUGCCCUUACCUGGAAGCGCUCUUUAGGAAAGCUCUGCACUUGCCAGAACAGCAGUGCUGGAACCAUGCUUUAGGAAUAAUGAAGAGCUGUGAAGUCCUGUUCUUCCCCAGUGUGAGGCUCUGUGAGGUGUGUGUCUCCCACUCCUUCACGACUGCCUUCCUUUCCUUUUCCCUUGUUGGCCCUGUGCUCACUGUGAAGUUUUUGUAGUGCCAGUGUUUGGUGUUCAGAACAAGAUGUCAAGCGGGUUUUGCUGCACAUCAGCCCCUUGGGCACACCUCUAACCACAGAGCCAGCCUUGCAGCUCCAGCACCCACCUCCUCCUGCUACAGAUGCUCUGGUGAGAAGAAACCCAGAACAGAAAUCAGUGGUGACGGCUGAAAUGCAGGCUCUGGUUUGUAGAAGCAAUCUGCAGCUUGGAGGGAGGGAAGGGUAGAGGUAGGCCAGUUCCAGUUUCUGGAAGCAUCUUGGCUGGGAUUUCAUGGCUGUAAGUAUAAGAGAAGAGCAAAGAAUAAAUAGGAAGAAGCAAGAAUUAAAAGAACACAAACCCGAAACAGUUUCUGUGGUAGUGGGGAUUAGUCCUUUUACAGUUUAGCAGCUUCUCUCUCUCCCUGACUUUUAUUGCAGAUGAACAGCAAGCAGGCAGUGUGCUGCCUGACCAAAGGUCAGCCUGUGCGUUUUCAGUACGAUUCACAUUCGCUGUUCUGAUCCUUCCACAUCAAGCCUUACAGAGAUCUGCACAAGAAAUGUGACUUCUUUAUCCUUAAUCCAUUGUGUAUACCUGCCUGUAGUAGUAGUUGCCUUAAUGAAGUCUUCAUUUUGGUAACAGCAGAGACAGACACACGAAGUGUGGUUUUGUGUAGCCUAUGUACAUCAUCACCAAAACAAAAACAGUGUUAGUGGGAGGGGAAAGGAACCCAUCCAAGUGUUACGUGCCCUAACAUCUGUGCACAUUUCUGCCUGCUUUAUGACUGUGUGAAGUUCAGUGUUACUGAUGUUUGAGUUAGCUGUGCUUGGAAGGAAAAAAGUAUCUGUCUUUAUGAAUGGAAUUAAAGCCCUUCCCUUGGAAAAUCCUA